AUGAAUCGGAUACUCAUUGAUGGGGGAUUUGCUGUCAAUAUUAUGUCCGUACGUGCUAUGAAAGAACUAGGAAUCUCAAGCGAUGAACUCUCCCAGAGCCGCCUCAUGAUCCAAGGAUUUAACCAAGGGGGGCAAAGAGCAAUUGGUCUCAUAAGGCUUGAAUUGCUCAUUGGUGAGUUAUCUUCAAGUGCGUUAUUUCUUAUCAUUGAAGCCAAAACCUCUUAUAAUAUGCUCUUGGGACGACCCUGGAUUCACGAGAAUGAAAUUAUACCGUCUACUCUGCAUCAAUGUUUCAAAUAUUGUCGAGACGGUAUAGUUAAGAAGGUUGUUGCCGAUGAUAAACCUUUCACUAAGGUUGAGACUCACUUUACCGACGUCAAAUUUUAUCUUCAAAAAGAAGCAAAAAGGAAAGAAUCAGCAAGGGAAGAAAGUCAAGAUUCCAAAGUACCCAUUUUGCGUUAUAUUCCAAGAUCAAAGAGAGAAGAAGGUUUUGAUCCAAACGUAUAUAGACUUCUUGCUAAGGCCAGUUAUAACUCAAAUGAAAAGCAUGCAUUGGGCAAACUCCCUCCUGAGGUGACUGGCGAGAAGACUCGUGGAUUAACACCUACACAGAAAAUGUUGAAAGAAAAAGACUAUAAUGUUGAAAGUUCGUCGAUGGGUCUUAGUUAUCAACCGCCUUCUCCAAUGCGUAUAAUGAUUAAAAGGGCAAGUUGUAACUAUGUAAACGAGGAAAUGGAGGUCACAAGCCGAAGGAGAUCUGUGUUCGAUAGGUUGGAAAAUAAGUCAAAACGUACUUCUGUAUUUGACAGACUUGGCCCGCAGUCGAAAGAUUUGAAACCGCCCGUCUAUGAAAGAUUAGACAGUAAAAAGCAAGAGUACCAAGUUGUCAAGGAAGAAAAUCUUAUUCCAAUAAAGAAGAACGCACCAAGAAAGCAAGUCUCCAAUUUCUUCAUGCACUAUGGAGACUUAUUCAAUGUAAGAAUUGAAACCAUUUUUGAAGAACAGGGUGAAGAAAGUAUGGCUUCCUGUCAUCAUAUUACGAUCAGUGAUCCCGAAGAAGAAGAAGAAGAUGCGGAUGACACUCCCCCUGAACUUGAACAAAAGGUAACAAAUACAGUCGAUGUGCUAAAGGAGAUUAACCUUGGCACAAGCAACGAUCCUUGUCCAAUUUACAUAAGUUCUUGUAUGACUCCUGAAGAAGAGAAAGACUAUGUUGAUUUGCUGCUCGAGUUCAGGGACGUCUUCGCCUAUUCAUACGAGAAGUGA